UCACAAAUAAUACCAUGUAUUCCAUAUAACUCUCAAGGGGUAGCUGCACAUGUUCUAAAUUCCAUUGUAGAAUUCUGCUAUUUGGAUAUUUGCAUUGGACCAAGGGUAAUUAUCAAGCUUUGUUCAUCGCUCGGGACUAUGAACACGUUCGGGCAUCAACAGCAACACCACCACCUUCACCAUCCUCCCCAGCCCACAGUAGCUUCUUUACAACCACCCAACGCACAGGACCUCCUUGAUAUGGCAGUCUACUGCGACAAUCUCAGCGUCUUUCAACAAAAUUUGCACCACCAUCACCACACUCAGAGGCCAAGCAAUCACGCCAACGUUUAUGGACUUGCUGAUUAUACCUCUCCGACUGCCAACCCUUACCUCUGGCUCAAUGGGACAGCCAUGAACUCUUCUUCCUACUUAUCUGGGCCAAAUGGGGCAACAUCUUACAUGGCGUCCGGUUAUAGUAAUGGGCAGAGGCAGUUCCUGUCUCCACCUUCGAACUUUGGAGGACCAGAUUUAAGCUGGUUUUCUCUUUCCAGCCAGCAAGAACUGUUUAAAAUGGUGCGACCUCCUUACUCAUACUCGGCCCUCAUUGCCAUGGCCAUCCAGCAAGGACCAGAAAAGAAACUGACUCUUAGCCAGAUUUACCAGUAUGUGGCAGACAAUUUUCCAUUCUACAAGAAAAGCAAGGCAGGCUGGCAGAAUUCCAUUCGACACAACCUGUCAUUGAACGACUGUUUCAAAAAGGUACCACGGGAUGAGGAUGACCCAGGUAAAGGAAAUUACUGGACACUGGACCCAAACUGUGAAAAAAUGUUUGAUAAUGGCAAUUUCCGACGAAAAAGGAAAAGAAGAUCAGAUAAUUUAAGUGGCCUGAGAAGUACACAAGAAGGACUGCAGAGUGUCAAACACGUGGAUGGCAAUGAAAGAUCAGAAGAGGCAUCAAUGGAUAUAUCACAUGUGAUGCAAGGGUCGGCUCUCCAGGAAGUCCAUAAUUCCUCCCCUGUAAACCUCAGGGAGCCUAAGCCAUCCACAGCUACAGCACAAGAACCCCAGGAAAGUCAAUGCCUCACGAAUUUUGUCUCUAACAUGACUGCAUUAAUCAAUGGAAGCAACAACAGACAGCUGUCUGGAGGACUCUCUGGGGAUUUGCCAGUCCAGGCCAGAUCUCAUGUAUUAGGACUAAGCUCUCACAAUUCUUUUUAUAACCUAGAUGUGAACCCUCAGUUUCAAAACAGACUGGGCUAUUACUCAUCUGGUCAGCAAAACAGGGUACUCAACAAUUUCAGUGUCAGUUUGAUUAACAACAGAGAAGGAACAGAAGUUUGAACAAGUAAAUCUUCCAUGUGUUGACUAAUUGUUUCCGUAUGGGCCAGGUUGAUCAGAAUAAUUUAAUUAGCUGGUAAUUUUUUCAACCAAGCCUCAUAUUUCUUAAGACUUUAUAUGCCGUACAGAUCUCAGCAUCCAGUUUGGUUAUACCAGAUGGGAAAAAUCACGGUCAUUUGUUUAUACACCCUAU